CAGCGUCGCCAUGUCCUCGGUGUUCGGGAAACCCCGCGCGGGCAGCGGGCAGCAGAGCGCGCCCUUCGAAGUCAAUUUGGCCAUCCUAGGGCGCCGCGGAUCGGGCAAGUCGGCCCUGACCGUGAAGUUUCUCACCAGAAGGUUUAUCAGUGAAUAUGAUCCCAACUUGGAGGACACCUACAGCUCGGAGGAGACUGUGGACCACCAGCCUGUCCACCUGAGGGUCAUGGACACUGCAGACUUGGACACCCCCAGGAACUGUGAGCGCUAUUUGAACUGGGCCCAUGCCUUCCUGGUGGUAUACAGCGUUGACAGCCGCCAGAGCUUCGAGGGCAGCAGCAACUACCUGGAGCUGCUCGCUUUGCAUGCGAAGGAGACGCAGCGCAGCUACCCAAUUCUGCUGCUGGGCAACAAGCUGGACAUGGCCCAGUACAGGCAGGUCACCGAGGCAGAGGGCGCAGCCUUGGCCGGCAGGUUCGGGUGCCUGUUUUUCGAGGUCUCUGCCUGCCUAGACUUUGAGCAUGUGCAGCACGUCUUCCAUGAGGCAGUGCGGGAGGCACGGCGGGAGCUGGAGAAGAACUCCCUGGCGCGGCCCCUGUUCAUUUCCGAGGAGAGGGCCCUGCCCCACCAGGCGCCGCUCACUGCCCGUCACGGGCUGGCCAGCUGCACCUUCAACACGCUUUCCACAGUCAGCCUGAAGGAGAUGCCUGCCGUAGCCCAGGCCAAGCUGGUCACCGUGAAGUCAUCCCGGGCCCAGAGCAAGCGCAAGGCACCCACCCUGACGCUACUGAAGGGCUUCAAGAUCUUCUGAGGAGCCCCCUGAGGAUCCUAGGCUCAAAGGCUGGACAGGGAUGCAGGACGGUGGCUGAUUUCUGGCCACCGGCUUUCCCUCUGAUGGAACAAUGGCCCCCGCCCUCUGGUGGACAGCCGACCCCUGCUCCAGCACCAAGCA